CAAGGACGCUCAUGCAUCCUUAUUUCAUAAGAGAUUUAUGAUUCAAAAAGAUUUUGGAAGUGAUUCUGAGGGGGUCGAAUACUUGAGGAAGUUUUGACAGCUUAUUUUCGUAUGAGGGAUAUUCCUACUUGAAGACUGUGAAUACGACAUCCUCCAAAUCGGAAGGACAUCGCUCUUGAUAAGGAAGACUCAGCUUUGUUUGACCCGCUUUAAGGGUAUCCAGGUGUGCUCUUCAGCCAGCCUAGAGGGUCUAUUCACAAAGGUGUCAGCGAGCAUUAUCCCCCUUUUGUUUCGUGAAGGGGGUUCUCCUUCUCCACAAACACAAAAGCAAUUGGAACGUUUAAACACCGCGUGAAAGGGAACAAAGGUGCACCCCGACACAUAAACAGGGGUUAUGAUGUUUUCAAUAAAGGUACAGGUAUUGGAGAAAUGAAUGGGCAGUAGUUUCAUAUCUUGAUGGUGUAUUGUAGGGGGCACACAUGCACGUCGUGUCUGACAUCUCUCUGUAAAGGAAUGAAUGACUGCUCGCUGCGGUGUCUUGUCUCGCUUGAUGGAACGUUGGAUUCGACGAGGAAGAAAAAAAGAGAGAGACUUGCUUGAAGGAGAUAUCCCACCUCCAUCACUCAUCCUCUAUAUAUUCGCGGCUUCUUGGUUUUCUGGUUAAACUUUUCUGCUCUAGAUGCGCAAUCCACGAUCGAUGUCCCCGCUAUUCAUUCUCUACAAUCAUACAUUCUACGUUCUCUUCGAACUUGAUGUGGAAAUUACCAGAGUGGAAAGCUUAGGGAUUAUUUUCAGAUGAAAUAUUUGGGAAUGCAGAUAGGUUCUUUAGGCAUUGAAGCGGAGUGGUGUGAUGUUUCGUCUCAUUUUUGAAUGCAUCAUCUCUCAUUCUCUCUGUGUUAACGCGGCUGACAACAGACUUACAGCUGUGACCGAGUUAUGAAAACUGGAUUUUAUAUUCGUGUAUAUACAAGCUUCGGAGCCAAACUUUUUAACUGACUCACCGGGGGAUUUUAUCUGUCAUUUUAGUGUAUGACUUUAACCGAUAAAUCGCGCCACAAGGCUGAUCUUCCCAGAGAGGACGAUAACGUUGCGAAAGUGAUUGUUUACCACAGCGAGAACUAAUCGCUCCAGCGUCGGGCACUGGACAGGGUCAACACCCGGCUCUACGAGGGGUGCCAAAAUGGCGACCUACUCCUCGCAGAUAUUCCGAUGUUUUUACACGGUUUUGGUCGUCUACUGCCUACUUUUGGAUACUGCCAAGUAUGUAUCAGGACAGAAUGUUCUCUGCCCAGAAGAAUGCUGGUGCUUGGGAUCCCUGGUAGACUGCAGUAAACGACAUUUGACGAGUAUUCCGACCGACUUGCCGACAUGGGUUACAAUGCUGGAAUUGCAAUCGAACCGCAUCGCCAGCAUCCCAGAUGGAACUUUUGACAGGUUAUCACAGUUAGAAGACUUGGAUCUUAGCUCCAACAAAUUAAGACGAUUGAACGCAAGCACUUUUGAUGGCCUAUCAAAUCUUCAACAAUUAAAAUUGGCAUCCAACAAACUGACAUCUUUACCCAUCCUCGGACCAUCUGCGAGAAAUCUGACUCAGUUGAUAUUACAUCACAAUCGGAUAACAAAUAUCAGUCCAGCAGCACUUCGUGGCCUGACGUCAUUACGAACCCUAGAUCUGAGCUACAAUCGUAUCGGCCAUCUGCGGACGGACACCUUCCCGACAGACAAUCGGCUCCAAUUCCUGCUGUUGGAGAACAACCGGAUCAGCACACUACAGCAGGGAUGCCUCAAUAACCUUCGUUCCUUGGAGAUCCUCAAGCUCAACCGUAACCGCAUUGCAUCGCUACCCCGUGAUCUCUUCACCCACCUUGAGAGUCUGAACCUCCUUGAACUGAGUCGCAAUGAGCUGACCACAGUGGACAGUCUGGUCUUCAGUGGCCUAGAGUCUCUAGAGGAACUCAGCCUUAGUCGCAACCAGCUGACCGACCUGAUGGACGGCGCCUUCUACGGGCUCAACGCCAUCCAACAACUAGAGCUGGACGGCAACGAACUGACCACCAUCAGCCGCCGGUGGCUCUUUGGUCUCAAGUCCCUGCUCCAUCUAACGGUGGCCCACAACCGUAUCAACGAGACGGAGGCCUCCGGAUGGGAGUUCUGUCCCAACCUGGAGUACCUGGACCUCUCUCACAACAGGCUCACCACGCUGGAGACGGAGGAGGAGAGCGUUGGAGAGAGCGGGGGUCCUGCUGCUCAGGGAACCAGUGGGGGCGCUCCAGGGUCUGUAGGGGUUCCUCCUUGGCCGCCUCUAUUGAGGGAGCUCUACAUCAAUCAUAACAGGGUCACUCAGGUGGCUGAUGGAGCAUUCAUCCAGCUCAAUCUACUCCAAGUCCUGGACCUGAGCGAUAACGUCAUUGCCUGGACAGUGGAUGACAUGACGGGUGCCUUUGAGGGUCUUGAAUCAUUGCUGAGAUUAGGACUGGCCAAUAACAACAUCAAUUCUAUCUCCAGGAGAGCAUUCAGUGGACUUGUCAAUCUCCAGUCUCUGGACUUUGCUGGGAAUGUUAUCACAACAGUGGAGAACAAUGCAUUUGAAGGCAUGCCCCAACUCACCCAACUACUGGUGAACAGUUCUAGCAUGGUGUGUGACUGUCAGAUGGCAUGGUUCCCAGUCUGGAUAAAGGAGAACAAUCUUGGUGAAGGAGUGGAUGGACGCUGCGCCCAUCCAGAUACUCUCCAGGGCUUGGAUAUCUUCAGUGUCGAUCCGGAAGUGUUUACAUGUGAUGAUCGGUUGAAACCUUUUAUCAUCCGUGAACCUGAGACAGUGACAUCACUGAAGAAUGACAAUGUGUCUCUGAUAUGCACAGCUGGCAGCACAAGCGAUGUCCAGGUCACAAUGCUAUGGAAGAAAGACAAGGCGAUCAUGGAGGAUGCGAACCCUAUCUACUUUGAGAGGCUGAACCCCAGCGGUGUGAAUGAGUACACCUCUGUUCUCAACCUCCCUCACAUCAAGGAGGCAGACCAGGGAAGAUUCCAAUGCAUCAUCUCAAACGAGUUUGGCGUCACAUACUCCAAGAAGGCCAGAGUUACAGUGCACAUUUACCCAUCGUUCACUGUCACUCCACGCCAUGUCAGCGUACGUGUUGGAGGAAUCGCUGAACUCCCCUGUGCUGCCACGGGACACCCCACCCCAAAGAUCGCUUGGCAGAAGGACGGAGGCAUCAACUUCCCCGCCGCCCGCCAGCGCCGCAUCAAGGUCAAGACCGAACUUGCAGAGUUCUACAUCGACAACGUUCAGAUAAGCGACACGGGUGUAUACACGUGUACCGCCCUCAACGCCGCAGGCACCAUCAGCACCAACGCGACUCUGACCGUCCUCGAGCCGCCUCUCUUCACCCGUCAGAUGAAGGACCUGACCGUCGAGGUCGGAGAGCCGGCUGUCCUGGAGUGUAACGUCGAGGGGAGUCCCCGUCCUAGUAUCAGGUGGUUCAAGGAUGAGGAGCCGUUCACACUGUCCGAUGGCAUGCACCUGACUGACUUUGAUCGCUACCUGAUUAUCAUGAACGCAGCAGGCAGAGAUGGUGGCACAUACACGUGUGAGGCAACCAAUUCCCUGGGUGUACGGACAGACACUGCAAAGCUUGUUGUUACUCAGAAUUCUGGUACAGUAUGGAACAUGACUACCACCAGCAUCAUCAUCGUAGUGGUCAUCUGCUGUAUACUGGGUACAUCACUCAUCUGGGUUGUCAUCAUAUAUCACACUCGCAAACGCACAAGCAGAUAUAGAGUGGAAGAGUCCCAUCAUCACGUGGUACCCCCAGAGAUUCCCAGCUCCACCCUCAACGGAUCAUCAGAAGGCACCAUCCAUCAGGAGACGAGCAGUGGCGUCUCUAGUGCAGCUACUGAUAAGUACCAAGAUGACAAUGCCAGUGACUGUGACUCUCUAGACGGACCUGUGGGUAAGCUCAGUACCUUCAGAUUCUCCAAUCAGGUCCGCAUGGCAGCCAUCUUUCCCAGCGAGACAAAAGUCAUCCAGCCACCAGAGUUAGCACCCUGCCCUCGUCAACAUCACUGCAACAUUCAAGAUGGGCCUCACCAGAGUGGCAUGGAGAGGUACUGCCCUUCAGACUCACUCAGUGAAGCUGAUCGCACGACCUUAGAAAGGCGUGGCCAGCUCACUGCCCUGCCCUGCUGCAACGGGACAGGUCGCUCUCUGGACAGUGCAAUCAACAAACACAUGUACCUCCACCACGGGGGCGGAGGAGGGCGUAACCAUCCCUUGAGGAAGGGGGGAAGCGACGGCGAGGAGGGGGAGAUUGAGGAGGAGGAUGAGGAUGAAGUAUUUAUGGAUGAGGCAACCAGGGAUAGGUUGCAGAGAGAAAGACUCUUGACAAACUCGGAUGAGGGUCUGGGUAGCCAGACGGCCUCACCGGUCAAUAGACAUAAUUAUCGGAGGAGCAACCACCCACCGCCCCAGUGCUGCCAUUCCUAUACCUCAGUGUCAUCACCAGAGGGACGAUGUACAUCACCCAGCAGCUUUAACAUACCUCAUGAAAAUGCACAAAGGGGAGACGCAUACAGUAGGAUGGCAAUGUCAUCAUCUUCACUGCCCUGCAAUGGACGGAUUCCCAACGUACACCUCUACGAGAAUCCCACCAGUUCCACUCAAGACAAAGACUUGAUAGACGGCCAUCUAUGCCGUAGCCACAAUCAUGUAAAUAAUGUUAAUAACAACAGCAACACCAAUCACUCCCCCGUUGCUGAUCCCAUCAGACAAUCACAUAGCAUUCCCACUGCAAUAUCUUCCACGGGCAACGUCUCGCCCGGAAUCGGGGCGCUGCUAUCGCCAACGACGCCGCCGACGACAACCCACCAAGUGCAAAAUGGCCACCUGCACAGCCACCACCGCCCCCACCACCCGAAUCGUCACAACGAGAAACCGACCCACCAAAACUCGCGAAAGUCGGGUCGCCAUCCGGAGAAGCACCACGUGAAAAGCAAAACGUCACCCAAAUCGGGACAAUCGAUACCAAGGACUUCUUAUUUACCAUCAUCUAAUGCUCAUCCUGCUCAUCACGUGACAUCACCCACGUUAACAUCACUCACGGAAGCCUGAUGGGUUGGCUUAGGAUACAUACGUACCUGGACUAUCAAGGGUGAUCGAUGAUGGAAAUAUGCUCAUUGUGUGUGCAAACAACUAGGAUGUCUAAAUGGAAUACAUAAUCUGUAAAUGGUUGCUAAAUAUUUCAUGUAACUUUUUACAAAUGUGGAUGCAAAUCUCAGUUAUUUCUGCCUGUGUUAUUUGAGCUGUAUAUCAGAGCUGGAUAUUAAAGUGAAACAUUUAAUUUAUACGAUAUGUUACUCAGCACCACCGAAGGCAAGUCAUCACCUCCUCUACCGCUUUGUGUUAUCUGCGCUAAACAAGAUACAUCGAUGUUGCAGCACCACCGAUUACAGCUAGAUGUGCCUAUGUAGAUGCUAUGGAGUGCCAAACUUUUUAUUUCUUCUUCACAACUCGAUUUUUGACAGUAUAUAAUUCUUGUUUUUACAUGUAAGGUCAAGUAAUUCACCUUCUAUCCUGGAAAUGAACACCAAAAUGAUCUAUCAGUAGAUAUAGCUUUGUAGAAAUUCUUUUGCAUGUUGUUAGUUUGAAAUCAAAUUUGUGUAGGAUCUGAAAUACUUUGUAAGUGCUUUGAAGGUGUCCCCCUGUGAAUUUUGUGGCGAUUAUCGUGAGAUGCUCAGUUAUGUGUGUGUGUAUGCAUCUCAUGUACAUCCAUUAAGAAUGUUGGGUAUUUCUGGCCUUUUCAUUUCUUUAGCUUAAUUUUUCUCACUUUGUUAGAUCAGUCAUAUCAGGCAAGAAUUUUCUUCACGUAACCUUUUAUGCAGUUUGCAUAAAUCUAUGCAUCGAGGCCCUAUGUAAUGAUAAAUUUUAUCCAGACGUUCUUUAUUUCUGUUUAGAGCUAAAUCUCUCGAAAAACCAUUAAGGCAUUUCUUGUCAAAAAAAUAUUCCCCAAGGUCCUCUUGGGUUGAAUUCAUAAAAACUGUAGAGAUUCAAAGUCACUUUUAUUCUUUUUUGAUAAAUCAUCAAAGCAUAAAGUGUGACCAAAAUUAUGCCAUAUGACCCAACCAUUGUUGAAGAGCAAACUCAAUGAAUAAUAGAAGGAUAUUUUUGUCAGCUAAACAAGGACAUUACUGAUUUAACCUUAAAUAUGUUUGUGUUUUCUUGUAAUACGUGGUGUGACUUUUCCUGUUAUUGUUAAGAGAAGAAAGAAAAGCUUUAAAAACUUGACCUUUGUCAUAUUGUUUGCAGCAUGUGUUAUUAUUUUGAAGUGCAAUGAUGACUAUUAGUCAUAUUUUUUAUGUAAAAUGUCUCUUUUAUUUGGUUAUGUGAUAGGAUAGUGCUAACCAUGGAGUUUUGUUAUUUACUAUCUAUGUUCAUCAAUCAAAGAGACAAUAUUUUUUGUUUAUAGUUUGAAUGAUGAAGACCUAAAUUAUGCAGUUAGGUGCGUUCAUUUUAUGCUCUUCCCACCGCAGUUAUUUAAUUCAAUCAUUUGUGUCUUCUUUACUUUUGAUGCAUAUAACAUGACUGAACUCAUGUCUUUAUUCUAUUUCAAAACUAUGCUAAUUUAUUUUGAUAUCAAAUCAAAUCACUCUAGAUGCAUGUGGAUGCUAUUAUUUUUUCUUGUCAAACUCAAGAUGUGAUUUGAUAUUCUGUAGUUGAACAGGGAUAUGUGAUAUACUUAUAAACGGGUUAUGAAUUCAAUGAUGAUUGGAAUGCAUUGUAUGUACAGACUUGAACGAAGAGGCCAGUGUUACGGUUUCUAUGGAUGUUGUUAUAGUAGAAACCGAACCGUUUCGUAAGAAAUGAUUGAAAGAAAUCUAGUCAUGAAGCCGAGACUAAAAACCAAAUAUUCUUACUUCUUAGAGAUAGUUUUAUCAGUUCCAUAUUACAAAUUGUCCCUUUUUUAAAAUCCAUAUAUCAAGGACUUUUUUAAAAGUACCAAAUCUUGAAUUUUACGACAUCAAGUUACUAGCCUUAUAAGUUAUCUCAGAAAACAAGGACAGGAUAUUUGUCUUAGAAACAUCUACUUAAGAAAUAACAUUUCAAAAUGUAUAUACAAGUGUACAUCACAUUUUUUUCUUCAAAUAAUGAUAUCAGUAACAAACAUUUUAAGAUCAUAAUGAGAUCAGAUUCCAUAUUUUUCUCCUUUCAACCAUGUUCCUUGGUUUACCUGAAAUGGAAAUACAUUUCUAGAAACUUUAGGACACACACCUUUUCUAUCAGGUCAUCGUAUUCUAUUACUCUCUUUAACAUUUUUCAAGAUUUUCAUGAUUAACUCAAUACCGGUAGUUCAUAUUUUUCACACUUGGGUGCACACAAAAUCAAACCAUCAACCAAAGUCUCUGGCUUCAUGACUAAGUUUAUUGUAUCAGUGAAAAGGGUUAUAUGAUCUGUGUACAUGUGAAAUGUGUACAUAAAGAGAAGACUAUGAAUAUGUGAAAAGUAAAAAUCAAUGUGUGAUACAAUCUAUGUGGUUUGUAUGUUGUAGAUGGAUGGAUGGAGAUGAGGAAUAUUUAACUCCGAUGGAAGGAAGUCUAUUGAAUUUUGUGUAUUUUUAUUCUACCUCUGUAUGUGUAAGUUUGCAAGUGAGUGCUGACUUGCCGAUUAUUCAAUAUGAAGAAGAAAGAAACGAUGAAAACAAAAAUAAUUUAAGUAGUGUGCCGGUUUCUCAAGAGAAAAACCAUCAAAGAGGAAUUGAGCAAAGUGUAUAUUAUUAUAGAAAGUCAGUAAGUGUAUGGCUAUAACCAAAGCAGUGUAAUGAAAGAAAACAUGGAGAUAAAGAAAGCAAAAAGUAAUAGAUAUUUCUAUAUGUGGAAUUUUAAGUUCAUUCGUAGUGAAAGGACAUUGCUUGACAGAAAGCAAUAGCACUAUGCACAUUGCUGUUUCUUAAACCUUAAUUAAUUUUCUCUUUUUUUAAAUCUGCUUUUUUCCUAGUCCCCUUCCCACACAAAACAAUAUUUUGAAUGAGUAUGCUAUAAAACAACAAUUCUAUAAUAUAAUUCAUCGCUUGUACAAGUCUUGUGAGUCUAUUCAUCUGUACCCUGCAUCGUCCCUGUUAGGAUGUGUAGUAAUUGCCAAAUUAUUUACUGCCAAUUAUGUUAAUAGAUGUGCCAAUUUUCCCAUCUUAAUUUUUUUUCUUAAUUUUGUUUUUUGUUUUGCCAAAAGAGAUAAGCAUUUUCCUUGAACUCAGAAAGAAUCAGGUACAGACAUUUUUUUUUCUUGUAGUCUCAUAAAAAAAAAAA